AAGAGGAUGAGUCUCAGAAUUAUCUACGUCAUCUUGUAUGCAACUUGUACCUGUGCAUAUCGAAACUUAGCAUUACGGAAACCUGCCUGGCAGAUGGCUAAUUAUUCGGGAGCUUGGCCAUGGGGAGCAGACAAGGCUGUGGAUGGGAAUUAUACUGAUCGCGGAGCUACGGGCAACCAGUGUACAAUAUCAGCAAUUGAACAAUUUACAGCAGAGUGGAGAGUAGAUCUACAGAGUGUGGUCAGCAUCAGUCACAUCAAAAUCUUCUAUAGAACGGAUAAUCUACCACGUCCAAGUGCGUACAAUGGCAGGUUUGCUGGAUUUUUCCUCUACAUUUCAAACACGACUUCUAAAGAUGAUGGCUACCUUUGUUUCCAUGAGAUACAGAAUGUGAGUGGUACACCUGUAGAGGACCAGCGAAUCAACUGCUCUAUCUAUGGACGUUAUGUGAUAUAUUACAAUGAACGGAGACCGAAUGUGACUUAUCCUAACUACUACUCUCAGUACGCAUACAAUGAACUGUGUGAAUUGGAGGUCUAUGGAUGCCAUAUUCCAGGAUAUUAUGGAGAAUAUUGUAAUCAAACGUGUCCAGUCAAUUGUCAGAAUCAGCAGUGUGACGUAAAUGGUGACUGUGUAAGUGGAUGUUUAUCAGGCUUUCAAGGUCUGCAAUGCAGUUAUAAGUGUGACGGGAAAAUGUACGGUGUAAACUGCACUCAGGCCUGUGGUCACUGCUUAAACAAUGAACAGUGUCAUCAUAUCAACGGUACAUGUUUACAUGGAUGUUCUCCUGGAUACAAAGGACCAAACUGCAAAACUAAGUGUGAUGUUGGCAUGUAUGGACACAACUGUAAUGAAAUCUGUGGACAUUGUAUGAACAAUACACAAUGUAACCACGUCAACGGUACGUGUCCAGGAGGGUGUUCUGUUGGCUUCAAAGGAUUUCUAUGUGACAAAG